CAUGCAGCAGCAUGCAUACAGUCUAAUCCUUCUCCCCCUACACACAACUGCUCUUGGCCACCUGGGUCUAAGGGCGCAGGGAAUCCCAGGGGCUCAGGUGACUGCAGUGGGGUUUGGAAGAGUGUGGUGAUUUCCGGGUGAUAUCCCCGUCUCAAUACCCCAGUGGACUCCUGGCUCGUUGGGAGGGGCCCCGCUGGAAGCAGGCCUGGGCAAGGCUCUCCAGGGUGGUAUUAAAGCUCCAGGUGGAAGACAUCCCGUGCUUUGAGCCAAGACAGCCACCAGGAGAGUUCAGGUCCACGAGAUGUUCUGGAGGAAUCCACCGGGGGUGGUGACCAGCUGAAUGAGAAGGAGGAGAGGGAUCAGUUCUCAGCGAGUUGAACAGCAAGCUCAGAUGGCUUUCUGAGGUCAGCAGAGAGGGGAGGGGCGGGUUUGGGUCCCGGGGGGGGGGAAGAUGCCCGAGGGACACCGUGGCAUCCCCGGAGAAGUCCAGGAGACAUGUGGAUGAACUUGUGGGUCUGCAGCUCGGAGAAUAGAAGGAAAGUAGUAGAGAAGUAGGACAAAGGUUGGGCGGCAUCAGCACGGAGGUAGCGGUUGAUGCCAAGGCCAUGGUGAAGUUGCCUAGGAAGAGUGUAUUGGAUAAGCAAAGGCAGAAGAGGGAACCCUGAGGAUCGCUGGCAUCUGGGGGUGAGCAGAAGGCUAGGGGCCCAUGCAGAAGUCACGGAGGAGUGGCCAGAGGAACUAGGAGAGGAAGAAUGUGCUUCCAGGAGGAGCACAUGAUACAAUGGCCACUGGAUUUGGUUCUGGCAGUUAGGAGCUUCCGGUCUUAAUAGUUUCAGUGGAGUGGCAGGAAUAGAAACCUUGUUAUGCUGGGUUAAAGAUUGAACUUGGCAAUUUAGAGCACUCUGGCAGGGUCAGAGGUCAAAUGGGACAUGUGAAGGGUCAAGGGAGUUGAGGGCUGGCAUCUGUUUUACACAAUUUUGCCUGAAGCCUUAGAAUUUAAACAUGUCACCAAUGGGGUGGCAGCUUUUUAGGUUUGCUACAGUGAGCACACUCAUUUUAUUGGAAGGUUGGUUUCUCAGCAGUCUCUCGCUACCACCCCCCACAACAGAGGUUUCCGGGUCUAUCAGCACGUCAGCUACAAGUCACUUUUGUAUUUGGGAGAGAACCUGUUAUGAGAAACAAAAGGACGACUGUCACAGCCACCUGAAGAUAGCAGCCAAGCCAAAGUGGCAUUCCCAAGAAAAUGGUUAUUCUUACUGCACUGAAGUCAAUUCAGUCACCAAAGUGGUUUCCCAGAAAACAGUGAUACAGAAGGCUUUGACAGAGGAUCCAAGUUGACACACAGCAGUGGGAAUGUCAUAUUCCAAGAGGAUUGACGGAGGCUGAAAACAUGUGGGCACAGACUGAUGGGAAACAGAAAGUACAUAACUAUCAUCUGGUGUCUGGCUCAUUGCCCGUGCCUUAUAAGAGCAAAAAUAAGACAUUUCUGUGUCCAGGCAGAGCAUUGUCUUAAGCAAUCCAAAGAAAAGAAAUGCACUGUCGCUGGCGAUGCUGAAAUCUCUCCAAAAAGACAUUCUUCAUGAAGCCGAGAGCCAAGAUCUGAAGGUCAUUGUCAUUUCAGCUGAGGGGCCUGUAUUCUCCUCUGGGCAUGACUUAAAGGAACUGACGGAUGAACAAGGCCCAGAUUAUCACGCUGAAGUAUUUCGAACCUGUUCGGAGGUCAUGAUGAUGAUCCAGAAUCACCCGGUCCCCGUCAUCGCGAUGGUGAACGGCUUGGCCACCGCGGCCGGGUGCCAGCUGGUGGCCAGCUGUGACAUUGCUGUGGCGAGUGACAAGUCCUCCUUUGCCACGCCGGGCGUGAACAUCGGGCUCUUCUGCUCCACCCCCGGGGUUGCCUUGGGGAGAGCGGUGCCGAGAAAGGUGGCCUUAGAGAUGCUGUUCACCGGGGAGGCCAUGUCUGCACAGGAGGCCCUGCUCCACGGGCUGCUGAGCCGGGUGGUGCCGGAGGAGCGGCUGGAGGAAGAGACCAUGAGGAUAGCGAGAAAGGUGGCCUCACUGAGCCGUCCCGUGGUAUCUCUGGGCAAAGCCGCCUUCUAUAGGCAGCUGGCCCAGGACCUCAGGACCGCCUACCACCUCGCCUCCCAGACCAUGGUGGACAACCUGGGCCUGCCGGAUGGGCAGGAGGGGAUCAAGGCCUUCCUCCAGAAGAGAAAACCUGUCUGGUCACACUGAGUGGCCUCAUCAGAGGACCCAGGGGCAUAAGCCCAGUGGGCAGCGCUCAGGAAACCUGCUCGCCCCGGCCUUCGGGUCCCCAGCCACCGCCACUGUCUGGUGACUGCUGCACAAGUCAGCCUGCUUUUACCGCAUUAGUGAUGGUUACAGGGCACAUGGUCUGUAUUAAGAGCCACGAUCCCCUGGGGAAGGAGUGAAAUGGAGACUCAGGUGCUGAUGUGAGCAGAAGGGCCAGGGGCUUCUAGGCUGGGCCAGCAGUGUUGGGAAGCGAGCUGUGAUGUGCCCCUGCCCAGGCCCUGAGGUGUGGGGUUGCCCUCACAGGGGAGGAGGUGGUGGUAAACUGAGGAAUGAAGGAAGAAAUUCAGCCUGACUGUUACCAAAAAGGGCCUCUAACGUGAGGUGGGGCCACUUGUCUGCUCCAGGUGACACAUCUCAGAUCUCCACGAGAUACUCCCCACUCUGAACAUCUUGAUUCUGUUGAGAAAUCAUCAUGCCUAUGGCUUUGGGAUAAUCUUACGUGAUUAAAGUUUACAUGUUUAGAGAGA